GUCUGGGGCGAUGAUGACAGCUGGUGUCUUGCAGGUUUCUGCGGAUGACACAGACUGAAGGUGGUUAAUCGACAAGAGCUCAGGUGACCAUGGCCAGGUCCCCACUUCAGCACUGACACCUUGACCACUCUGCCCCACCACCGCCAUCCAGUUCAACCCUGACAAUUGGGCCUCGGCCUACUCGACUUGGUUGCGCACGGGCCUAGCCUGUCUGUUCAAACAUUCGUUUUAUUUUGUUUCAUUUCAAAUCAAAGUUGGGUCGAAGAAAAAGAAUAACCUUAAGGUUCGGAUUCUCUUCGACUGCAAAAGAUGGCGGAUACUAAAUCUAUUCAUGAGAGAAGAUUUGAAGCUGCUGUCAGCGUUAUUCAGAGUUUGCCAAAAAACGGUUCAUUUCAACCAUCAAAUGAGCUAAUGCUGAAGUUCUACAGUUACUACAAGCAAGCAACCUUGGGGCCCUGCAACACAACCCGACCUGGCUUCUGGGACCUUAUUGGCAAAUACAAAUGGGAUGCUUGGAAUUCCCUGGGAGACAUGUCAAAAGAAGAAGCUAUGAUUGCCUAUGUUGAGGAAAUGAAAAAGAUCCUUGAAUCCAUGCCAAUGACUGAGGAGGUGGAAGAACUGCUUCGUGUUCUUGGUCCAUUCUAUGAACUUGUUGAUGACAAAAAACAACCAAUAUCACCUUAUGCAAUCUCAUCAGAUCUUGGCAAUGUUUUCAGCUCACCCAAGAACUGUAAUAAGAUGAAUGGAAAGGUUGAAGGCAAUGAUAGCGGUGCAGAAUCUGAACAGGAGGAGGAGGAGGAUGAUGAUAUAACAGAUGGUGAUGAUAAUACAGAAGAAGAUGAAAUAUUGAAACCGAAGGACAUAACCCAGAAACCGGCAGAUGUGAAAUUGGAAGGUGUGAAACCAGGAUGCCAACUUUCCCAGGACACUAUUGGUGAGGUAGAAAAUCCCUGUGCUGUCAGUGAUGGUCCAAACCCUAUGUCAGUACUGAAUGCAGAGGACCAGGAGGAGGAAAACAAAGCAAAGGCUCAAACCAUACAGCCGCCUGAUAUCAACGGCAAAAUUGAUGGAGUGGAAAACCAGGUUGGUGAAUUUCCAGGAAUUCAGCACAUCACAAGCGAUUCAGACAGUGAAGUAUAUUGUGAUUCAAUGGAACAGCUGGGAGUUGAAGAGAUUUCAGGAACUGGCAACUCAGGGAGAGAGAAUUUUAACAGUUCUCUGAUCAUCUCAGAAUUUGAUCACUGGCAGCUAUUCCCAAAUAGUUCGAGAACAGAGUUGAAACAUUCCCUAAAAUACCUUGGGAAUCCUGGAACAAUGAAGGUACAGGAUUUGGGAGAAGGUGGUGUUACUCGUGGUGGUGAAGAUGCAAAACCAGGUGGAAGUGGCUCUCACAAAGAGAAGAUAAGCAGCAAAAGAAUGGAGUUUCAUGGACCCAGGAGGGGGCGAGGUAAUAGGAUGCAGCAAUCAGGGGAUGGUUUUCAGGUCUCACAGUUGGGUAAUGGUGGUAAUGGGGAACGAAGGGGCUCAGAGAGGCUGCAAAAAGCCAGUGUGAAUGAACAGAUUGCAGUAGCACUACUUAGACUCCAGGAAGACAUGCAGAGUGUGUUGGAGCGACUUCAUAUGUUGGAGGCAGUGACUGCUUCUCAGGUGAAGUCUGAAGAUGCCCAUUCAAAGCUUAAACAUACUGCAGGUGAUAAGACAUCGUCCUGGUGGCCUUUUGAUGUGUCUGGCCGAACUAUUGCAUUCGCAAUUCUUUGGCCUGUUGUCCUCCAGCUGUUUGUGUAUAUGUAUUUUCAAAGGAAGAAGAGAAAACUGAACUAGGUAUCCACCUGGAAUUACAAAGGCACUCUGAAGUCUGCAAACUUAGAAAAUUGGAGAGCAUGAAAGGCCUGACAUGAUCAUUUGGAUUUAUUCAUUUAGUGGUGUUUUACCUUAACAUAGUCCAAUGAUGUGCAUUUUGCUUUAAAAUCAUCCUGCACACUGUACAUCACUAAAUGCUACAAUAUAGCAGAUACUUGAACCAAAUAGCAUUAGUUAAUUUUAGAUUAGUGUAACAAUCGUCUUUAAAUUAUAUGGCCUGAUUUUGUUUUCAUUUUAAAUUUAUGGAACAAACACUGCACUAUCAUCUUAGUAGUAAAUGCUGUAUCUAACUGAAUGCAAGUCGCUUUAGCUGCUUGUAAUAUAGCUAAAAUUGAUUUUGGAAAGAAACUGGGGAAAAUCUGCAUGUUAAAAAUACUUAAAAUGCUUAAUUUCUAGUGUUUUAGCUAGAAAUAAUUCAAUUGAAAAGUUGCAUCUUAAUAUACUUUGAACAAAUCCCUUGCUAGCAUUGUACAGUAAGACCUUGUGAACAGCAACGAAUUCUGAUGCCCUGACCAACAUUCCCACUCACCCAAUACUACUAAAAUAGAUUAUCUGGUCAUCUGCUCAGUUGCUCUUUGUGGGAUCCUACUGUGUACAUUGGCUGUUGAGUUUGUCAGCAAAUAGUGACUGCACUAAAAAAAAAUUUUAGAAGCAAUUUGGUAAUACUUUCCGUCAUAUGGUCAGUAACUCAAAGGAUAUAAAAUAGAUUUUACGUGCACAUUACAGCUACUGAACAAAUAAUAUCGACCCCUGGAUUUUUGCAGUUGAACAGAAUGCUUUUAACCCAUUGAUAAUUUCCUUUGGAAUGGCCAAUAGAUGGAUUUUUUUCUUUUAUGCAGUUUAUUGUUUAGCAAAAAGCCAUGUAUGGUGGACAUGGACAUAGAAUUUGCUUUAUCUCCAGCACUUUUGAUGUAUCUGGUAAAAUUGAGAUUAUAUAACCCGACACUAAUGUACUGAGACUCAUCCAUUAGAUACAGCUUUUACAUAUCCUUUCUCUGCAUGUAACUUUAUUUAUAUAUAAUUACACUGUGAAGUCUACUCCUAUCAAUGCUGUUAAUAGUUGUACAAAUUAGACUGUACAAAA